AAAAGUUUGAGACGAAUUUUAGUUCAAUUUUUGAACUUCUCGAUUGAUUUUUGUGAAGCUAAAAAAACAUAAAAGAAAAAAUUAAUUUGGGACAUAAUGGCAACACAAAUUGCUAAACGCGGUAUAACAACAGCUGUAAAAAAUAGCUAUGCAAGCGCAUCUGCUGAAGGUGCUGGAGGACAUGGUGGCGGCUACAAAUUGUGGAAACGGCUUUCAUUCUUCGUUGCUAUGCCAGCUGUAGGAUUGUGCAUGCUUAACACAUAUUUGGAACAUCAAAAAAUGACAGUACAUCGUCCAGAGUUUGUCAAAUACGAAUAUUUAAGAAUCAGAAAUAAGCGAUUCCCAUGGGGUGAUGGAAAUAAGUCCUUGUUCCACAACCCUCAUGUUAAUGCAUUGCCCGAUGGUUAUGAGGAUGACGAUGGUCACCACUAAAUGUUUAAGCUUCAGCUAGACCGUUCCCAAUAGUGAAAGGAAAAUAUUUCGAGUUACAUUCAACGAUCCAGAAUAAAAUUUCCUUUUGAAAUGAUUGUAAUGAUGAUGAUGAUGGAAAUUUAUUUGUGGAAAUCCUUCAAUAAAAAAUAAAGCUCCCAUUAAAUAAGAUUUAUAAAAUGAUUUUAAUUCAUUAUGAUUAAUGAUUGUGAAAAUCAAUCUAACUCGCAUCAUUAAGCUCUUAUUAUUACAGAUCAUAAAU